AUGAAGCAACAAUUUAUGGGCGUUGCCGUAAAUCCCUCAUCGUCGUCUUCGAGUAGCAAUACCUCGAGUAUUAUUGGAUCAUCAUCGGGUGGAGUAGCAGGAAAUUAUCUUUCUGCGCUCACUCAAAAUUCUCCAAUGCUAGGUGGUAAAAAUCCAAUGGUACUGAAUGGAAGUAGUAAUACAAAUACGAGUAGUAUCGGUAAUGUUAAUACAAUCAUUGGUGGUUCGCGAAAUUUAAAUCAACAACAAGCAAUGGGUGGGUUUAUGAAUCAGACCAGUUCUGGUGUGGGCGGAUUAAUGGAUGGCAAUUUUAAUCAAAGAGGUAUGGGAGGUAUGACUCCAUCAUCAGCCACGAUUAGAGGCGGUGGUCUUCCAUCAUCAGCAAGCAUCGGUAAUCAACCUGGAAGUGUGAAUCGUAUUUCUCCUACUCAACAACUCAUCAACCGAUCAACAACACCAAGCAGUAGUUUGAAUCAAAAUACGACACUACCAUCGUCGGGGGUUUCAGGAGAUUCAUAUAGGCCUUCAGAAUCAAUUCUGUCAAUGAUUAAUAGUGGGCAGCAAUUUGCUGGGCAAACGUUUCCAUCUAGCGCCAUGAAACUUCCCCAAAUCUCCCAAAAUAACAUCUUUAAGAGUAUUGCCCUUUCAAAUUACACACCACAACAAAAACAAUCCAUGAUAAUACAAAUGAGGAACUUGGCGCAACAAAAUGGAUUUGAUGCCAACACAAUCGAGCAACAUUUUCAAGAGUAUGUCAUGUACGAACAAACGAGGCAAUAUCAACUCCAGCUUUUGCAACAGCAGCAAAUGCAGCAACGUCAAAUUACUGCUGAUGACAAGUACAGUCUGUUCGGGAUGACAAGCAUUUUCAAGGCAAAAGAUUCUGAUUUGGCUGUUCUUGCUCUUGGACUGGAUUUGACAUCACUGGGUUUAAAUUUGAAUGCUUCUGAGCAAAUCUACCAUCAUUUUGCAUCACCCUUUUCUGAUGUUCAACCUCCUGGAAUGAUUCCUGAUUACAGAGUUCCGGAUUGUUACAAGCUUCACAUGCCUCUGCACGAAUUUCACAUUGAAAAGUUUUCUGACGAGACGCUGCUGUACAUGUUUUAUGCAAUGCCACGUGACGUGUUACAGCUUGUAGCGGCAAGAGAGCUCACAAAAAGAGGCUGGAAAUAUCACAAACCUACUCAAUUAUGGUUCAUCAGAGAUGUAAGCGUGAAUGAUUUUGUUCAAACACCUGAUGGCGAGAAGGGCACAUAUUUCUACUUUGACGUUCAGACGUGGACUAGGAAACGAAAAGCUGGCGUUAUAUUAAGUUAUGACAUGUUGUACAACCCAACCCCUUUCUUACAGAGUUACCAACAACAGCAACAGCAACAACAAAAACAAUAA